AUGUGCAUUCCCAGUCCUCACCCUCUUCCAAUGCCUGGCAUCUUCUUUCUGGUUCAAAGGCUGCCACGAGAUAAGUGUUCUCCUUUCUCUAUUCAUGUUUUUUAUCUUUCUUUAUCUUUCUCGCGUCUUCCUCUCCUUUUUUCUAUCUAUCUGGUACUCGUUUUAUUCCUUCUUUCUAUCCCAUUAAAUAACCCAUUGUGGUUGAUACGCCGUAAAACAAAACAAACCAAACCAAACUUUUUUCUGUCUCCUCUCUCUACUAUUUCUCUUUCUCUUUUUCUCUCUUCUUUCUGUCUUAUUACACUACCUCUUUUCUUUGCCUUCUUUCUUUCUUUUUAUCUCUUCUUUAACGUCUCUUUCUUUUUUCUCUCUCUCUCUCUUGUUUCUUCUUUCAUUUCCACUUGUCAUUUUCUCCUUUUCUUUCAUGUUCUUUCUUUGAAAAAAAAACACUUAGUUCUAUCUCUCUCUCUCUCUCUCUCUCUCUCUUUCUCAUUUUUUCAUUCUUUGCUUUUCCCUCCACCGUUUUUAUUUCUCUUUUUUGACACUUCUUUUCUCAUUCUCGCUUCUUUCUUUCUGUCGUCUUCCUCAUCUCUCUUUCCUCUGAAUUCUCAUUUCACUCUUCUUUCUUUCUCUCUCUCUCUAACUCUUUUUCUCCCCAUCUUCUCUCGUCUCUCUCCCCAACUUUUCUCUCCGUCUUUUCAUUUUAUUUCUUCUGUCUGCCUCUUCCAUUUUUCUUCCUCUUUCCGUGUGUGCGUCCGUGUAUGUGUUAGUGACUGA